GACAUGCUUGUUCGCUAUCCCCCCUGUCCUCACACGUGUUUUCCCCUUUAAACAAGAACAUGGUCAUUUUUUUCUAACGACGAAACAACUAUUCAUUCCCCGACGGCGGCAUUACAUCCCCUACCGGCCGCCUGAAAAUUACUAAGCCACAGCUACCGGUGCCUCGUCGACCGACUCGCCUUGAAGGCCAAGAUAGAUCAACGUGUUGAUGGUGGCUGAUGCUCGACAUGACUAUCUGGUGGUUUGAGGAGGUUCAUGUGCUCCGUACGGAGUGUGUAUAUAUCGAGGGAUUCCUUGCGAUAGCAGUAGCCCGAUGAGGCCGAUCUUUCCUGAGAUUGGCCCUGGCAGCAAACUCUCUUGAGACUGAAUCAUCAUUCAUCAAUACGAUGGUUUAUCAUGGUCCUAGCGGAGGCUGUAAGGCGUGCAGGACUCGCCGGGUCAAGUGCGACCAAAACAAGCCAUCCUGCAACAACUGUACGCGCCGGCAUCAAACCUGUCCAGGGUAUGCAGAUGUCUUUGAUGGCGCUCAUAGGAGCCAGAAUAAGGUGAUCAUACAGCGGGUCGAGAAACAGAAUGCUUUGCGAGACUCGAUGCCCUGCAUUGACAAUCAGAGCAGCAAUAGCUCAAGCGGCAAUAGCCCAGCCGAAUCAUCUCUGUCGAGCAGCAGCAGUAGCAGUUCUCUCAUACCACGAUCAAAGAGUCUCAAGAAACCACUUCAAUGGGUCAUCUAUUCCGCGCCGGCGCCGACUAGCGAUCCUCAACAUGACAGUCCACCUUUAACAGAAGAGAGCGAAGAGGACAAUACGGCUCUGCAAACACACCCUGUCCACACCGAUACAAUGCCUCCUAUCGGCUUUACCUUCACCUUGAAGCCGGACUCGGAAGAAGCGUCGACAUGCUUCUUCUUCCACCACUACACUGGUACAAUCUACGACGAAAAUAUCCACAAUGGGUUUGCCAUGAUGUGGCAGCCAUUGUUCCUCCAAGCUGCCCUUGAUUCUCCCCUGAGGUUCGUCACUACGGCCUUCACCGUCAACAUAACGAUGAUGUGGUGCCUAAAGGGUUGCGACACUCGGCCGGCACGAAGGCUCAUGACCAAAGCACUCACGGCCACACGCAAAGCCAUUCAAAACCCGACCCCGAACAAGAUGGACGAGUUACUCAUGACGAUCCUCAUAUUUGACCUGUACGAUUCCAUGGUGCAACACUACAUCCCUGUCCCGGUCACUUCUGGCAAGCACAAAGAAGGCGCUCUGGCGCUCGCGCAGAUCAGGGGCAGGGGGAACUACGACACCCCUAUCAGUGCCGGCCUCGCCAAGGCGACCCGAGGGACCCUGCUGCUGCACGCUCUGCGUACACGAAGUCGCUUGAUGCCAGGUGCCGAGAACCUCUUUGAAGACCCUUCACUCCCGCCCACCAGGGCCUCCGAGCUCGAGUUGAUCGUCAUGCAAGUCGUGAAUCUCCAAGCCCGUCUGUGGGGUAUCCGGCGUCAAGGGGAACGGCAACGGCAGCGCAAUCACGACGUCUACGAAGCCAUCAUACUCGAAGCCAUCAAGCUGGACGAUCUGCUGGUGGAGUGGCGACAGUCCAUCACGGAUCCCAGCUGGCUGGCGCAGUACGUCCACCGCGACGACGCGCCCCCCUCGGUCCGCGCGGCCGGCUUCUAUGGAGAGCGAUGCACCGUUUGGCCCGACCUGAUUUUUGCCGAAAUGUCCAACUUUUACAAUCAAAGCAGGUUGGUCAAUCUCCAAGUCAUCCGACAGGCUCUCGCAGACGUCCCGAGCCUCCUCGCGACCACGGAGAACCAGCGGGUUCUCCUCACGAUCAACGCGACCGUUCAACGUCUCGUGGACGCCGUUUGCGACUGCGUCCCUUUCCACCUGGGCUCCACGACCGUGGUGACAAAUCCACUUUACAGCGACGAGGUCGAGUUCCCCAUCAAGACCACCAAACACCCCACGACGGGCAAGGUCACGACCGUCCCACACCACAUCCCGCUCUACAAAUCCCGGGCGGCCGCAUCAGGCGGCUGGACACUGUUCCCGUACGUAUGCGGCGUUUUCCGGAUGGCUGAACCCGAGGAUGAUGCGGUACCAAUCGACCUGCGGGAGGGCCAACUCGAGUGGAUCAGAGGCCAAGUAAAGCGGAUGCAGAAUACUUUUCUAUACUGUGACCCCGUGUGGUUCAAGAGAAUACCAAAAGCCAGUGGUUGAAAGGACGGACAUGUGUGAAUAAUUUUUCAAGGGACGUACAGGUCUAUAAGCCUUUUCCGUCUCCGCUCCAAAACAUCCAUCCAUGGUACAGCAAUCGAGCCUCCUGUGAGCAAAAGCAUCAUGUCAGAGUCAGCAUCAUUUGAUAAAAUGUGAUGGGUCUGCUGAAUGUAGAGCACUUGACAUCGAAAGGACACUUCUCAAGGGCUCGAGGAAGCAGCGAAAGCAUUGAAAAGCCGUUCUCGGAAAAUAACAUAUCGACCUAGGACUGAUGGAUGGAGGCUGCCUUGGGAAAAAGUGAAAGCCAACAUGGGCCGGUCCUCGGUUUGAACGAUAUCAGUUUCGAACAAUCCAGGUUCAAUCUCAACAAAACUUGUGCGGGCUGGGAGCUCCCGUACUUGCUCUCCGAUAAUGAGGCUACCGAUGUGGCAAUUGCUUGUCCCCAUAUCCCGAAACGAAUCCGAGCCCAUAUGACCCGAGGUCGAAGCCCUUCGCCGCAUCGCUGCUUGUUGCUGGUAGGUCAUGGACAUAUUCGAGGACGGUGGUUGGUUUUUUUUUAAAAAAAAAACGUGCUGUCUGCUGGGUGACGGAAAGUGGCUGUACUGUUCGCGAGCCUUGCAAAGGGGAUCGCAUGAGACGGUUUUCGGGAGGCAGGCACCCACGUCAAGCCCAGAAAAGGUGACAACAUUGUCCAUGAAGUCCUCCCAAGCGACAUUUGUGGAGGCCCACUGGGAAGGGCAACAGGGGAAAAAAAAUCAAAGAAUAUCAUUGUGAAAGUUGAAUUUUACCCUCAACACACCAAGACCCCUAGAAAGGAGCUCAGGUCAAGGCCACAUGGCCAUGUGGUCAGCGGCUUCCUUCUAGGCGAGAUGGACACAGGGUUCGAACCGCGGUUCAGUCAACAAUUUAAUUGUUCAACAAUUAAAACAUCACGACUUGAAUUUCAACGAGGAUCAAUUCACCGGGUCAAUCAACAAAACUAAUCAACUUGGUCAAAAAACACAGUGGGAUCAACACAACAGUGGGAUAUCAAUUCUGGGGGCCAAACUUGAGGGGGUCACGACAACCUGAGUGGGAGGACAACAUAGGAGGAAUACAAGCGUCCCUGGAGAGGGUUAGAAAAAGUUGUAAGCGCUGCGACAGGGGAGAUUCCAGAGCGAGUACCAUAGAUCGGUUCAAGACCUUCACUGGUCCCGAGUUGGGAGGCAUCUGGGGGAAAAAAAUCCUUACACGACUGGGAUUUUCUUAACUAGGCUCCUAUGGGAGAUAAAUCCUAGUUAAGUUUUUGCCGUUUUUGCAGAAUGAUCCUGUAUAGUUUUGCACGUCACUUUCCUCCUUGUCAUCAUCCAUGGCCUUCUUUCACAAUAUCUUUCUACUCAAUCAUUCCACACUUUCGCCUACAAUCUUGAUCUCCUGGUGAUCUACAGAAAUGAGAGCCCUGAAUACGGAGAGAAUGAAGAGUUCGAUCAGUUCCGACGUUCUUCGCAACAAGUGUCUUGUUAUGAUAUUCUCCAAUACAAUCUCAAAAAGCAUGCCAAGGGAUUCACUCAGUCUUUUGACCUGUGGGGUUUUUCUGUGAAGAACAUGUGUGGCGGACACGCCCCGUUGUGCAAGACGACUCGGACGACAACGACAGACUCGAUCGGUUCGGACAAAGAACACGAAUGAUGUGUUCUGUCUUGUAGGUGCGUGGACAGGGGAGCGGAGGGUUUGGAAGGUGGACGGCGCCGACUUGCGUGGAUAGUCGGACACUGUCCCAUGGAUCAUCUGUUUGAAACAAAUCUCGUUCCGUCACAAUCAGCCUUCCUUUUAUCGUUCCUUGUCGUUUCGAAACACCGCAGUCACAGGGCUGAUAGAAGGGGAGAGAAGAAAAAGGGCCACGACAGGAAAUGUUAUAGUCGUUCUAUCAUCUGAUGGAUACAAUACAGGGUUUUGGGGCUUGUUCGGGGACGUAUUGCCCCCAAAAAUGUUUUCUUUUAUUUACAAUCAUGACUGAACUCUGUUGCCUCGAAAGGGGCAAAGAGGAAUCAAUCGUUAAUAGAUAUGGACAAACAUCCCC